AUGCAACAAGAAGAUAAUGAAAAUCCAAUAGAUUAUUUUUUAAAUUCUCAUUAUCUAAGAUCAAGUGUAUACAUUCAUGUUGGAUUUAGAAGAGAUAUUAUAGUUCAAUUGCAAAAUUUUAAACAACUACAAGCCAGAAUUAAAACAGUGACACAAGAGUCUGAAAGAUACAAAGAGACAUCAAAAUAUUUUAGUGAAGAAAUGAAAAAGUAUCAAGAGAUGGUUCAGGAAUUAAACCAAGAUAGAGAGUCAAUGAUGGAAAUGAUGGAUAGAGUCAAACAAGAGAGGGCACGUUUCAUGACAGAAAAUUCCAAGAACCAACAAAUGUCAAUUGAAAUGUCACAACAACUAGAGAUGGAAAGAAACAAGAUCCAAUCGCUAUCAUCAAAAUUGGACAAUGACAAUAAAAAGUGGGAGGAUCGUAUCAACCAUUUCUCGGCUGAAAAGAAAAAGUUGGAAUCAAUGACUGAAUCAUUAGAGAAUGAUCGUAAGAGAUGGAAAGAUAUAGCCGAUGAAAUUGACCAAAACAACUCCAAGCUGUCAUCUGAUUUAAAAAACAACAAGGAAAAGUAUAAGAAAUUGGAAGAAAGAUUUGCAGUCUAUGAAAAACUCACCAAACAAAUGUUCAAGUUUAUCAAAUCAGAUACUGGUAGAGACAUAUUCUAUGCCUAUUGCAAGAGAAACAAGGUCUAUGUUCCAGAGGAUAUCGAUCAAUAUGAUGAUAUGUUGGAUAUCCUAGAGGUUGAUGACUGUGUAGACUAUGUCAUUGAAAAACAAUCUCCAGCCAUUCAAGACAAACAUAGACCUUCCACCAAUCUACUUGAAGAAUCAUUUAGUGAAUUGGUUCAAUUACCAAGUCCAUUUAGUAGAAACAAGAUUUUGGAUUUUAAUCAUGAUGAAGAAGAUGAAGAAUAUGAAUAUGAAGAUGAAGAUAAAAAGUCUGAUGAUUCUGACCAUUCAGAUGAUUGGGUUCCUGAACCAAUUAAAAAAGCUACACCAACCAAAUCAGUUGAAUUUCCAAAACGACCACAACCAAUUCUAGUAGGUAGUCGUGUUUCAAUUUCAGAUAGUCCACAUCUUGGUAAAGGAACAGUUAGAUUCUAUGGGUUUAAAAGAGAUCUAGACCAUUUAAAGACACCAAUCGUUGGAAUUGAAUUGUUUGAUAAAAAAGGUAUAAAUGAUGGUACUGAAAAUGGACAUUAUUACUUUUCAUGUCCUCCAAACCAUGGUAUCUUUGUUGACCCAUCAAAUGUAAUCAUUGAAUCUCUACCAAAAUGGUCCACCCCAACAAAAAGAAUAGUUAACAACAAUUUCAUCAACAACAAUACAAAAUCCUCAUCUACUUCAAUUGGUAAAUUAAAGGAAAACAACAAGGAUAAUUUAAAUAUUCAAUUCUCUUCAAUGACUUUAUCAAUCACUGAAAAAAAAUGA